CAAGCCGCUGCAUUUGGGCUAGCUCAAGCAGAAGUUGUGUCGAGAAAUGUGAAUGCAGGGUGGAAUUGCACGGCCGGGCCAUGGCCCCGUUGAGCAUCAUGCAGCCACUGGACUUUGCAUCGAAGCGAGUAGCUCUUCAGCGGUUGACAGAACCAGUGCGGAGAUCUCCUCGAAGACUGGCUUCCAAUUCUUCCUCCGAACCACCUUUGUCAGCUGAAGUUGUUUUCUGCCUGCUGGCAGUUGGGAGCAGCUCAUGCCACGCUUGGCCGAAAACAAGAAAAUCUGCCGCCUCUUUGUUCGGCAACCGCCGAGACUCCCUUGCACGCUCACUUCUGGCAGCGUUGCAAACGACGGCGUUCACUCAUGCGCCACGCACCGCAGCCGCAAUAUUGUUUGAAGCUGGCAAGCGCUUCAAAGAUUUAUCAUGGUGUGUGGUUGGUCCGGAGUUCUUGCAACAGCCUUUGGAACUCACUGAGUUCGGGAUAUUGCGGCGCUUGCGACGUGUUGCUGACCACCGGCACUGUUUUGUAUUGAUUGGCUGUUUCUUUAACUCAGCAGCAUUGGUUAUUUGCAGAGGAUCGCACGAAUCAAUGAUCAAUGCGUCGUCAAAACAAGCAGUGGUAAGCAGAAAUAAGGACCAAGAAGAGGUGCCGGGAGUGGUUUUUCAUCAGCAAGACCCAGGACCUAGAGGGUUGCGGGAAGCCAUUCUGUCUUUCCUCAACAAGUUGGGCGACGCUCAGGAUUCCGCGGUCGUGCUCUUGGACGAAAGCUAUCCUGCUGUACCGGUGGCGGGAAGUUUCAGGUCUACAUUGGUACCAGAUGCUAGCGUAUGCCCAGCGCGUCGCGUGGUCUUCUUCCUGGGUUGUCCCAGAGCAGUGGAUGAGGACCAAGAGGCUGCAAUUUCAUGGGCAGCAGAGAAGGCCAAUUGGCAACUACUCCGCUUUAGCCUUGGCUGGGUGAGCGAAUUCACCUCCAAAAUUGUGAGCCGGAUCAAGCUAUGGCAUGCAAGUGGUGGUCUUCUUCCAGUUGUGGGUGGGCUUCUUUGCAUUGAAAGAGGGACUGUGCACUGGCAACCACCAGCUGAUGCUGAUGGAUUUUUGCAGGAGAGCUAUGGCGACUAUGGUUGGCCUUCACCGAAGAAGGUGGACAGCUUCGAACCAGGUUUGGGACCCCGCAUCCAUUUCGUGGUUCACGUACAGCUUCAACUCAAGGAGAUGAAAAUUGGAGACUGGUCGCCGGCACACUCCCUUGUUGCGCGUUGCUGUUUGGCAGCGCUUUGGCGCGCGCACGGUGCUUACUACCGAUGUUUGGUAGCCUUUGUAUUCCUCCCGGAUGGACAGGGAGCGACGCCAGUCGUUACAGUUUCGCGGAAAUUUGCUGGGCGCUUUAUGGGCAAGGCAGCUACGGAGCACGAAGUUCUUGUGGCCUUAUGUGCAGCCAUUGAUGAUGCCAAGCAAAGACCAUGCACAAAGCAAAAGCCAGGGAAGUGGGCCGUUUGUGUGCGGUGGCCAGAGACACAAGCGGCCUGGAAAACUGUGGUGGCCUACCCAAAGGACUCUGUGGUUGAGCUGGUGAUCAGAGGCUCAAGCUGCUCAGAGAAAUCGAGUGGCAACGUCCUCUAUCUCGCAUCGGCUGACAGUGGCAUAGACGUGCUAGUGGUCCAUGUUCUCAAGAGGCACACCCACCUUUCAGAUGCAUUGCAUGCUGUGCUUCAGCCUGCUGUGGUGGCAACCAACAGCGCGGAAGUCAUUUGUAUCCUCCAGAGUGCUUUAUUGGAUACAGGGCCGGCGGGUCGUGCCCUUUUGGCAAUGCUGCUGGAGAAAAAAGGUGUAACGACAAGGCCGCAAGAACCGCUCAAACCCAAACAGUUCAAAGUUCAAAGCCAUCAAAACCAAUGUCAGAGCAGCUUUUUCCAACAAACAAACCGCUGCCAAGUCAAACAAUGUGUUGCGAAUCUGAGCCGAGGCUGAACUACUACGAGCUGGCUCGGCAGUUCGACUUUCAGGCGCAGGAGUUUGCCUCAGUGGGCUGGUACAAGAUUUAUGGUUGCCUCAUGAGUCAAUACUUAAAUGCUGC